CUAUUUUUUCUGUAAAAAGUUGGCAACAGUGUCAAAAACGCAGCGAGCGGCGCGCAUAAAGUGUAAUAAAACGGCUUCAGCUCAACUGUACUAGAUAAACUAAUUGCAAGAUUUGCAAUACAAUUAUUAAGUAAUUUAUACGCUACAUCAAAUAAAAUUAAAGAAAGCAUCAUGUCGAGCGUGCCAAAGCGACAAAAAUUGGAUGCUGCCGCCGAUGGAAAUACAUCUGCCGGUCCAAACGAGGAGGAGUCGGAUGCGCUGGAACAAAUCGAUGCUUGUCAAAAUGAGAUUGACGCAUUAAACGAAAAAGCCAGUGAGGAAAUACUGAAAGUGGAGCAGAAAUAUAAUAAACUACGGAAGCCGUGCUACGAAAAACGAAGCGAGCUCGUCAAGCGGAUCCCCAAUUUCUGGGUGACUUCUUUCAUCAACCACCCACAAGUGUCUGGUAUUCUGGAUGAAGAGGAGGAGGAGUGUCUACAUGCGUUAAACAAACUGGAGGUGGAGGAGUUUGAAGAUAUCAAAUCUGGAUACCGCAUAAAUUUCCAUUUCGAUGAGAAUCCAUAUUUUGAAAACAAGAUUCUCACCAAAGAGUUUCAUUUGAAUUCAGCAGCCUCUGAAAAUGGUGACUGGCCCGCGUCAACUAGCACGCCCAUAGAAUGGAAAGAGGGAAAGAAUUUACUUAAACAGUUGCUAACAAAACCCUACACCAAUAAGAAGAAGAGGAAUUCCGAUUACAAGACCUUCUUUGAUUGGUUCUCGGACAAUGCUGACCCCGUCAACGAUGAGAUUGCUGAACUGAUAAAGGAUGAUCUUUGGCCAAAUCCACUGCAGUAUUAUCUCGUACCUGAUAUUGAAGUGGAACCAGAGGAUGAAGACGAACUCGAUGACAACGAAGAGGAAGCAUUUGAAGAUGAUGACGGUGAGGAUGAAGGCGACGAAGACCUCGAGGAUGAAGAUGUCAAAUAAAUCCUUCAACCUAUAAUAUAUACAUAAUUUGAACUUUUCCAACUGAUUUCCCAAGUGAUAACCACUUAUAAUACUAUUAUUUUAUGUAUGGUUAUGUCGUGACGGGAUUCUGAAAACAGCAACAUCAUUUAUAAUGUUGCAUCACAAUUGCAAUUACAUCCAUUUUUAGGCAGUUUUACAGUUACGUUUUAGGUAAAAUCAAUACGUAAUUCCGAGGAACCCAUCUAUUAAAAAGAUACAGUUUUUUAAAAUACAUAAUAAAAAAGACGUGAUGCUGACAAAA